UUGUGCCGAAAAAUUGAGAGAUCAUGAAUUUGAUAAAUAAUAUUUCAGAAAAUUGUUUUUUGGAUUUUAUUGUAAAUACAUGUUCAGCUGAAAAUGCUGUUGAGUAUAUUGAAUCUGAAAAGAAGAAUUAUCAAUUUUUGAAUUGGUAUUUGGUUGAGUUAGUGAAGAAAAGAAUGAGAGAAAAUGUUGGAUGGAAGAGAGACCUCGAAGUGAUAUCCUGUGUUUUAAAAAAUGGAGCAGAUCCAAUGACAACUUGUGCAAUAGAUGAUAAUAGAAACAAUACAUUAAUCAAUUUGGCAAUAGAAGAUAAUGAUAAGGAUUUGAUCAUUUUGUUCCUGCCAUUCUUAAAAAAAUUCUACGAUCUUCGAUUUGAAUCUAUUCAACAUUAUCGAUUCUUUUGCAAUGGUAACACUCCCUUACACAUAGUAGUAGCAAUGGCUGAACCACACAUCACAAGAUCUUUAUUAAAGCUCGGUGUCGAUAUUGAAGUGAAGAACAAAAAUUUGGAAACACCGCUUUUCAUCGCAGUUGAAGGCAACCUGAUGGAGCAAGUAAAAAUUCUUCUAGAAGAAGGAGCUGACUUCAAAGUGAGGGAUAAAAACGGUGAUACUAUUCUUCAUAAGCUAUGUCGUCAAGAAAAAAGAAUAAACUUAGAAAUGUUUAAAAUGUUAUUAGACAUUGGUUGUGACAUCAAUUCAAUUGGCAGAUUUGGUUUCACACCUUUGCAUCUGCUUGCCAUGUUUCACUACAAACGUAAAGCAGUAUCCUGUGCCAAAUUACUGAUCCAAAGAGGAGCUAAGAUCAACUUACAAGACGAAUCCGGUAAUACAGCUCUGCACACAUUAAUGUACAAUUGUGAUAUAUUUAAGUUCAUCCCGUUUUUAAAUUUACUGAUGGAAAAUGGAAUUGACGUGAAAAUAGUUAAUUCUCAAAAUAAAACGUUCUUUGAUGUAAUAAUGGACUGCCACUUUAGAAGACGAACUGUUUUGAAACAUCUAGUUCUUUUAAAUGUCAGUGGAAAGUGCCAAAUGGAUUUCAACCUUACAAGUAAUAAUUAUAUAUUGUUUUAUUUGGAAGUAGCUUGUAGAACAGAAUUGUACAUUUUGGAGUCUCGAAAAAUAUUCGGAUUGGAUUGUUCUUAUUUGAGAAUCCUCACCUCGGAUAGAAAUCAAAUAUCCAAACUCUGCAAUAACCCAAUUCUGAGGUCAACUAUGAUCACAUUCAAUGAACAAGAAUUUCCAAUUUACGGUCGAAGACUUAAAAACAAAUUUCAGGCUGGGUUGAAAAGAUUUCACGAAGAAGAAAAUGCUUUAAAAUUUCUCAGUGUGAUCUCGAACGGAAGGCUGAAUUUUUAUUGCAUGAAAGAAAUUUUGAAGUACAUUCCAACAAAAGAAUACUAUAAAUAUGAAAAAUGUCUACCGCAAGAAACUAUCGCCGAGGAAGCUUCUUCUUCGAAUAAACGGAAGGCCAACCAGUUGGAAGAAAGCGAGAAUAAUGAAGUAAGAAAAAUCAGAAAAAUUGUUGAAUAGAAACAGAAAGUGAUGAAGCAAGAAAAAAUGAAAUUUUUGCAACAGCAUGUGGAGAUCUAGUUAUUGAUACUAUUUUUUCUAGAUUAUAGGUAUUUUUAUGAAAUAAUUCAUUUGAAUUAUUCGAUAUGUAAAUUUUUGAUUCUACAAUUUUGUGUGUUAUGUGUAUAUAUGUAUAUAUAUAGAUCGCAAUAUUAGUUAUGUUUAGGUAACA